AACAUCCUUUGCCUAUGUUUUUAAAUGGACGUAGGUUGCAUUGCAUAUGGUAUUUUCUUGAUUCCAUCAACUUUUGUAAUAGCUUUAAUUGCCAUAUUUACAGCCUGGAUUGGUUGGCAGCUUUUUGUUAAUAACUAAUAGAAAAGCAAAAAAAAAUGGUAGUUCAGUGUUCUGCUGGUUGUGGCUGUAAUGCUGUCCUCAAGAGACCAAAAACUAAUGAUGCUUUAUGCAAAACUUGUUUCUACUGGGCAUUUGAAACAGAGGUGCAUCAUACCAUAACAUCAACAAAAAUGUUUAAAUCAGGUCAAGUGGUUGCAAUCGGUGCAUCUGGAGGGAAGGAUUCAACAGUCCUUGCUUACAUACUGAAGCAUUUGAACGAAAAGUACAAUUAUGGACUGAAGCUGGUUCUCCUCUCAAUUGAUGAAGGAAUUACAGGUUACCGUGAUGAUAGUUUGGAAUCAGUUAAAAGGAACCAAGAAGAAUAUAAUCUUCCUCUUACAGUUUUGUCGUACAAAGAUUUGUAUGGCUGGACCAUGGAUGAUAUCGUAAAGCAAGUGGGAAGAAAAAACAAUUGUACUUUUUGUGGAGUAUUUCGAAGGCAAGCCUUGGAUAGGGGAGCCAUACUUCUUAAAUGUGAUGUGAUUGCUACUGGGCACAAUGCUGACGAUGUUGCUGAAACGAUUCUUAUGAACCUCUUACGAGGUGAUAUUGCACGACUACAGCGCUGCACUUCCCAUAUAACGAGUUCCGAAGGCUCAUUACCGCGGGCAAAACCAUUUAAAUAUGCAUACGAAAAAGAAAUUGUUUUGUAUGCAUAUUUCAAAAAAUUAGAUUAUUUCGCAACUGAGUGUGUAUACGCACCUGAUGCGUACCGUGGCCACGCUAGAGCAUUAGUAAAGGACCUCGAAGCAUUAAGGUCGACUUCCAUUAUAGAUAUUAUUCAUGCAGGUGAGCAGUUAGCAAUAAAAGAUGGAGUGAAGCUUCCGAAACAAGGAGUGUGCAGUGCUUGCGGUUUUGUGUCCAGCAAUGUUAUAUGUAAAGCUUGUGUGCUACUAGAAGGGCUGAACCGUGGGAGGCCCAAAUUGGCGAUAGGAAAGAGUAAUAAAGCGCUGGCUGAAAUACUGGCUGAUAGACUAGCAAACGCAGCCAGCCUAAGCAGUGUGCAAGACCAAUUCUAGCAUGUUUAGUUUAAUGUGGAAGACCUGGAUUGAGGGCAAUUUGGACUGUUGAGUUCACUGUUUGGGUACCAGUGCGUCUCCCUUUUGCCGUCCCUCCACCAUUGACAAACAAAAGUUCACUGCGUGAAUUGAAAAAAAAGUUAAUACAAAAUAAGUAAAACGUAAA